GGUGGAGAGCGCUGAUUACACUCCUCUCCGUCACACUGUCUUUGCCUUUCUGUGUUCGUGUGUGACGUUUUAACGUAGUCUAAGUAAAUAGCCGUUUGCUGAUGGAAGUUUAUCUUCGUCAUUUCUAAAUUUUUAGCCAGACGUUUGUAAAAUGUCGCAAAAAUAUCUAAGUCCUUACGAACACACGUGUCUUCGCUGUGAGCAGACCGUGUACCAGGUAGACAAGGUUGGACCUCUGAAAGACUUCUCUUUCUUCCAUCAGGGUUGUUUCAAGUGUUUGGUUUGCGGCUCAAAGUUAACCCUCAGGACUUACUACAACAACCAACAAGAUCAGGAUGAUAAAGAAGUGUACUGUCAGAACCACGUCCCGAAGACAGGUCCAGGUACCUUGGAUGGGAUGUCCGUGGGGAUAAAGUCUGCUCUGAGCGCACCCCGUACAAACCACCUUGUCAAUGACCAGAUUCGUGGAUCUGGCAAGGGAACAUUCGAUGUAGAUGCAUUAGGAAUCAAGACAGCCCUUUCAUCGCCUAGACUGUACGAAGUGGAGAGCAAAAACCGAGAAAGUCUGGCCGGGAAGUUCGACGCUAGUGCCCUCCACAUUGCCCACGGGAUAAAAGCCACCAAACUUCAGAGGCAGUAUCGUAUCGAAUAUGCAGAACGGACAAUGGACGAAUAUUUGGAUGAAGAUACGCAAAGACAUCUAGAAAUGAGACAUCGCGCCGAAGAGGACGACCUCUAUCGGCAGUUUGCAAUAAAACGUGUAGAAGAAGAAACCAAUAUCAACCAACAAAUCCAAGAAGAGUGGGAGAAAGAGUUGGAGAGAUUGACUUCAAGAUACCAACAUGACAUGAAAAAUAGGAGAAAAAAAAUUUCUACUGAAGACGAAAAAGUUCUCACUGUUCGACACCAGCAGGAGCGAAAUAAUCUCGAGAAGAAUAUGACUAUUAAAUUGGACAAAAAGAAGGAGUCGUUGACUAAGAAGCUCCUAGAACAGGAGCGCGCUGCUACUGCAGAACUGGUGGAGAAACACAGCCAAGAGAUGCUUGAGCUGAUCAAUGAAAAAAGACACGAAUUAGCAAGGCUCAAGAGUGUUUAUGAUGAGAACGAUAAGGACGGAUACGUGACUGAAGAGUUGGUUCCUUAUCCCACACACCCACCACCCCCAACCCCUCCACUGACGGAUAAGAUAGAGAUCUACAGCGACCCAAGCGUGUUUGCAGAUUUGGAUCAAGUGGCCAUUAAUGUGGCACAGGAAGACCAGGUGACCUUCACAGACCUUGUCAGACUGCUAAUCAGAGACUGUCACUCUGAUGUAGAGAAAGCAAGAGCCAUAUUUCGUUGGAUCACUGUAAAAAACCUCAACAAUAUGACGUUUGAUGAUAACCUGAACGCUGACACCCCCAUGGGCAUCUUACGGGGAAUCAAACAUGGAACAGAAAGUUACCAUGUCUUGUUUAAACGUCUAUGCAGUUAUGCAGGUUUACACUGCGUGGUCAUCAAGGGUUAUUCUAAGAGUGCUGGCUACCAGCCUGGCGUUAAGUUCGAAGACAACCGCUUUAGGAACUCCUGGAAUGCUGUGUAUGUUGCUGGAGCCUGGCGCUUCGUGCAGUGUAACUGGGGUGCACGCCAUCUGGUGAAUGCCAAGGAAGUACCAAAACCAGGAAGUAAAGGGAAAUCUGACAGUUUACGAUAUGAGUACGAUGAUCAUUACUUCUUAACCGACUCCAAGGAGUUCAUUUAUGAGUUCUUCCCACUUCAGCCAGAAUGGCAGCUCCUGAAGAAUCACAUAACUCUGCGUGAUUUUGAAGAACUCCCGUUUGUCCGCUCACUGUUCUUUCGUUAUGGACUGUACUUUCCUGAUGAGAAAACCAAGUCUGUUCUAAACACAGACAGCACUGGCGCUGCCACAGUACAAAUUGGUAUGCCAAUGAAGCUGUCUUCUAGCCUGAUCUUCCACUACAAUUUGAAAGUGUUCGGAGGUGAUGUUGAUUCUUACGACGGUGUCAGCCUCAAACGGUUUGUGAUGCAAUCAGUGGUUGACAACAUUGUAUCUUUAAGAGUCCAUGCACCGUAUUGUAGCGCUUUCCUGCUGGACGUUUUUGCCAACGCUGUUACCCCACAGGAAUACCUUACAGGUGAGCCAAUGAAAUUCAAGAGCGUCGGUAAAUUUAAAAUCGUUUGUAAGGACCUACAGACCGUUAUGGUUCCACUGCCAGAUUGUGCUAGUGGAGAGUGGGGUCCUAUGAAAGCUAUACGGUUGUUUGGCUUGAUUCCAAUGACUCACAAAGAUGCCCUAUUGUUCUCAUCGCGGGAGCUGGAAAUCCAGUUCCGCAUGUCGCGUCCUUUGACGGAUUUCAUGGCUACAUUACACAAAAAUGGGAGUGAAGAGAAGAAAUUAUCCAAGUACGUCUCUCACAGUGUCGACGAAGAUUUUGUUUCUUUCCACGUACAAUUCCCUGAAGACGGGCAGUAUGGAAUGGACAUAUAUACUCGAGAAUUGACCAGUGAUUCACCAUCUUCCGACAAACAGUUGUUGACCCAUUGCUGUAAAUAUUUGAUUAACGUAUCCAAAAGAAAUUAAUUCAGUAUCUUUUUUUAACCAAAAAAGAAGAAAAAGCAUAGAACUAUCUUUCCGUUGGUUAACCUUGUGUCUUUCAUAGUUCUAAAUGGGGUAUCUGAAACUGUUUAUCGUUUUAUUAAUUUAAACACAAAUACAA